AUGUGGAGCAUUAAUACCGUGGCGCUCGCGCUUGUAAUGCUCAUCGGGUUUUUGUCAGUUUGUGUCUCCACUCUUCUUAUGCUUUUUGGUCAUGGAAUAGCUAAGCAGAACACGCGGCGUGGGGCUCCACACACCUCGUCACACCAGGAAUUUCUGCUUACUCAUGUGCAUGCUGGAAUUGAGGAAUCAGGUCUAAUGGAGAGAAUCAGACCGAAUGGAGAAAUCGUGCGACUGUUCUACCGCUUUUGGCUGCCUAGAGAUCUGGACAAUGCUAAAGAUGCAAAAGCAGUGGUGGUUGCAUUGCAUGGUAUCAACUCCCAUAGCGCCCGUAACAACAAGUUUAUGGUUGAGGUACUGCAACACGGUUUCCUGGUAGCAGGAAUGGACCACGAGGGAAUGGGAAGAAGUGAUGGUAGACAUGGAUACUUUUCAAGUGUACAUACAUUGGUAGACGAUGCCAUCGCCUUUGUAGACUUAGUCAAAGCCAAAUAUCCUCGAAAGAAAGUCUUUUUAUUCGGAGCGUCGCUGGGUGGGUUAAUCAUUCUGCAUGCGCUCAGUAAAGGCGGCCCGAAGCUUGUUGAUGGAGCUAUUGUCUUGUGUCCGGCUAUUGAGAUUCACGAGGCAUCGCGACCAUCCCAUCUGAUGGAAGCCAUCGGCAGAUUGUUGCACAAGUACACGCCCAAAUUGCCGCUGGUGAAGGCAAAUAGUGGCAAGAACAAUUCUCCAGAGGUUGCGGCUAUUGCAGAUGCAGAUAAACAGGCUGAUCCUUUGUACUAUCCUGGCAAGAUGCGUAUUGGCACGGGACUAGCUCUGCUAGAAGGCAUCGUGAGCAUCCAAGACAAAUUGCAGCUGAUCGAGACACCAUAUCUUCUGCAGCAUGGCACGGCAGAUAGAGCUUGCAGUGUCACCGGUUCAGCGGCACUCCACCUGAAAACGCGCAGUGCCGACAAGACCUUCAAGACUUACGAAGGAGGACACCAUGAUUUGGCUAGCGAGCCACCUCACAUCCGUAAUGCUGUUGUGCACGACUUUGUGGUUUGGCUAGAAGACCAUUCCAAGCUAUAG